AUGGAUCCCCCAAACCCUGCUGACGAAUCUGGGAACGCCGGCCGCGGUUCUCGUCGCCAACGAUGGAAUCACCGAAAUAAUCAGCGAGGUAACCAGCGAGGUGGCCAGCGAGGUAGCCAGCGAGGUGGCCAGCAACAAGCUCAGCAACAGGCCCAGCAACAAGCCCAGCAGCAGACCCAGCCGCAGAACCAGCCGCAGAGUCCGCAACAGGGUCCGCGACGUUAUCAACAAGCUGCUGAAAUCUCUAUCGAACCGAACGACAUCGAGACGGAAAGAACCCAGUUGAUCACUACAUUGCAGGAACGACUGGACGCAUCAGUCCAGUCCCAUGGCAAUACCGUGGAUCGAUUAAUCAACAAAGACAAGGAACUCCGAGCUGCAGAGCGCCAGCGCAAGUCGGACCUCAAAGACUACGAGGCCAAGCUAGCCCAAAAGGACAAAGAGCUGCAGCAAAAGCAGAUCGAGCUCGAAGCAGCCGUGCGCCAGCGAGAUGCAGACCUCAAGCGCCACGAAGCCCAGGUAGCCCAGAAAGACCAGGAGCUAGAGGAGAAGCAAUCGGAGCUGAGAAUGAUGCGAAGCAAGAUGAGCCGCAAGUCGACACCGGAGUUGCGCAAGAAGGCCAAAGACCAGCGCUUCGAGAAGACGGCCGAGCUCUGGUACGAGCUGCUGCAGCUGAAGGUCAAAGAGGCCGACGAACUACGCGGAAAGCUUGCUACGCCGGACCAGCAGAGCGAGGAGGAGGGGGAUGCUGAUGAGAAGUGA